AUGGCAAGCAGCGACCAGAACACACAGGUAGCAACGGCGGGGGUAGAGGAGGCCCGCCCUGGGGUAGCGGGGCUGGCUGUUAAAACAGAGGAGCCAUCAGUCUUUCUGGAGGGUCUCGACACUGAUGUUUCUUCUGCGACAUCCUCCAACUUGUGCCGCAAUUCCCCGUCUUCGCCGGCUCUCCACACUCCCACCGCCUCGUCUUCUGGUCUUGCGUCUUUAUCUUUGUUUCCUUCGCUAAGUCAUCCUGCCUCUCUCUUGUGUGUCACAUCCCCAGACCCUGUCACUCGCAGUCCAACGCACAACAGCGGCCGCACAGCACUGCCGACAGCGGCCGUUUCCUCUGUGUGUACGCCGUCAACGUGCGCGUCACAGUCUUCUCCUCUGUCGGUCGUCUCUUCCCUGCGCGCCUCAGAAGAGGCGGACCUCUCCCCGCACCGCGUUGCCACGUUUGCUUUCUCACCUCGGUUUUCCUCGGCAGCGCUGCGUCGCGCCUGCGCCUUGAGCGCGGCUGCAGUGUGCGGGCCGAGGUCAGCGAGCAUUCCGGCUUCUAAGGGGCAGGCAUCCGCCUGCGAACUCGCUCAGAUCGCAAAGGGCGAGGCCACCGCUUCAGUGUCUCAACCAGCGGACGCGGGUGCAGAGCAUGAAGCCGUCUUCAGCCAGCGGGACUACGAGGCGGGACUCCACGGCGGAGAACCCGACCUGAACGCGCCCGCUAGCUGCGCCCGCCAGUCAACGCGCGAGGAGGUGUCGCAAGCGAGUCCCGAUGGCGAAGCCCCGGGGGACGGGUGGACUGCGUGCGAACUUGAGGGAGGAUGGAAUGAAGCAUCUGCAAACAGUGCCUCCGGCGGGGUGGCGGACCUGCAAAACGCUUCGGAGGCUGCCUACGAGCAGCCUGCUGGCUCUCAGGCGCCACCCCUGCUGACCGACUCGGUGACGGCAGCAACCAAAAAUAACUCCAGCUGCUUUGAUUCCCUUUCGCAACUCCCUCCUGAAUCUGUCGUGACCCCCUCAGGGCCGUCUCUAACAAAGCGCGGGGAAUCAGGUCUGGCUCCUGUGGAGGAGGCCGCGACUUCUGCACGCCUUCACAAGGCCUCGCCUCAGUCUUCAGAUGUCCACCCUCUUCCUGCGAUUUUGUCUUCGGGGUCUGCGACGCCACAGCCCUUUGUGUCCUCCGUUUCUGGUCGGGGGACGGAAGAACGGACUGAAGCACAGUCGCCUUUGUGGGCGUCGUCUCUGGAUUCCAUUUCCAAGUUAUCGUCUCCUGUCUUGAAUGCCCCCUCGUCGGUAGUUCGUCCUUCUCCGCAGUUGGCGCUUUCGUCGUCAGGGCGUUCCCUUGCCUCGCCUGCAGCCGGUGGGCGCGAGUCUUCGGGCCGCGCGCUGCCGCCUCACGGCCGCUUACGGGACAGCGCCGCGACCGUGUGCGCGGCGCCGACGGAGUUCGCGGAUGAAGCGCGUCCGUCGGCACCUUCCUCCUCGCAGGCGUCGACGCCGCCUCAGCUCGAAGGCGGGUCUGUGGUGCCUCAACGAGAGCUGUCUCUGGAGAUCCCGGUUCCUGACGAUGGGGGUGCAGCCCGCCUAGCGUUUUCUCCGUUUGCGUCGCACGCGAGUGCUGCGAUCACCUCUCUCUGUCAGCGCGGCGCCCCCCCCACGGGGUUUGACUCGGUGUCGCCCUCUGGGAGCGGUCUUCGAGUGACAGGACAGCGUUCGGGCGCCGCUGCACAGCCUGCUUCCACCUCGACGCUGCAGGACGCCAGUGGGUCGUUCACCGCCGCUGGGCCUCUCGAACUCUCCGCGUUCGCAACUGCCCUCAGUGCUGACGAAAAAGCGUCCACCGCGUUUCCGUUCCGCCUGACUGCGCCGCGGUCGGUCCUGCCUUCGUCUGGCGACGCACUGGAUGCCGCAAAAAAGACCCUCUCUGCUUCUGUGGACCUCUCAGGCACAUUCCAGCGGGCUGCGCCGCUCACGUCUCCCCGCGGCGCUUCCCGCCGAGGCCACGCAGGCGCGCGAGCCCAACUGACCGGCGCGGCACACGGACUGGGCCUCGAACAGAGCGAGAGAGGAAAGGGCGUCUCCGUGGGCGCUGGUGGACUCGCGGGGGGCCUUCUGGGAAAGAACGGCGAGCUGAAACUUGCCUUCCGGCGCGGCGACGACAAAGACGAAGUCGUUCGGCUGCACAGACUCGACGUGCUGCGACACUCGCAUGACCGGACUACUGUUGAACUCUACAAGCUUGAGAAAGGCCGACUCGUCGAGGAGCUCGUCCGCAAAGCGAAGCGGUACCCGAAAGUGCCCGGCGUCUACUUUGAUCGCUACCAGCAAAGGUGGUGCGUCAACUGGACUGAGGGCGGGCGCCGCGUGGCGCGCUACUACCCCGUGAAGGUACACGGCUUCGACGUCGCCUACCAACUUGCGGUGAACUGCAUGCUCUCGAAGAAGCCGUUGAGCGCGAGUGUGGCGACGGCCGCCGCGGGCGCAGCCUCGCUGGUGAGAAGCGGAGCCGCGACGCCGUCCCACGUCGGCGCGCCCUCGCCAGCCGACGCCCAGUCCAGCCGCGCCGCCUCGUCGCCUUCUGCGCUGUUUGGCUUGCAUGGCCGUGACGCCAACCAGCACUUCGCGGCGGUGGCAGCAGGCGGCGGAAAGACCGACGGCUUGCCUGCGGGCGGUCGCGCCGAGGUGCACAGCCAAUGCAUGCGCAGAGCCGACGGCGCGCUUCACCUGGAGAGUCCUGGUCCUGUGGAACCCGCGCCAGGCCGAGCAGGCCAGGAGGAUCUUUUCGGAGGAGGCGCGGCGGGUUUUUCUGGGUUGUCGGGGCCCUGUGGCCCUGGGGCUCAGGCGGCGGGGACCAAGCCUCUGGAGGGGCUGGCGAAUUCGCCUCUGGCGGCGUUGGUGCUUCAGCAGCAGCUGCUAUUAGCUGCUCAGACAGGGAAUGCGCUCGGGGGGGUGGGGCAGCAAUAUCUCUUGGGUCUCGGCGCCCCAGAGGGCGCGAAUGUUUUGUCGACGUGGCUCCACUCCCAGCGCCUCGCGCGCGUGCAACAGCAACAACAGCAACUGGCCGCAUUUUUGAACUCGAUCCCAGGCGUCUUCGGGCCUUUUCGCGGGCUAGUGGAGCAGCUUCCUGGUAAAGUCAAGAACGAAGCAGUAGCGCGAGGUGCCCAUGCGGAGGGUGUGCCAGGGCCUUUCGGCGCCCCCGCCGGGAUGCGGGCUCUCUUGGCGGCCUCCGCGUCUGCCGCGGAGAUGGAGCCUCCGUCGGUGCCGGGGCUGGCGACGCAGACAGGAGGCGGGACAAAGUCUCAAGCGGCUGCCGCGCUGGCAGCGCUGCUUGCUGCGCCGGGGGGAGGGGGGCUGUCUGGGCCCGCGCUUGCCUCUCUGCUGCCUUCUCUCGGAAUCUCGGCGAGCACCCUCGGGGGGAUCUCCGGCGUGCAGAGCUCGUCUGCGGAAUCUGCGCUGCUCGCGGCUGCUGCCGCGGCACAGUCCUCCGCGGGAGCGGGCGGCGCGCCUGCGCUCGGCCUCGAACACCGCGCCGAGGCGGAGCGGGAGGGAGGCAACGCAAACGCUGGGAGAGCCCCAUGGCUUGCUAACGACGCGAUGAAUCUGCACGCAGCGCUAACCGGCGGAGCCACGACAAGCGGCGGAGACUGUGAGGGGAGCCAUGACGUGGCUCGACGGGACAGCGCCGUUCCGGCGCCUCCCGGCCCUCGUGACGUAGGGAACCCGGCGGCAGGGGAAGAUUCCGAUUCUCCAGGCCCGCACGGGGCAGCCGGGUCUGCGGGGCGGCUGGGUCCCGAUUCGCGGUCGGGGGGCGCCCCAGAUCGCAAGCGCCGUCGUAGACACUCCCAAGACAAUGCAAGUCACUCGAAUGGGCACGAGGAGGUCGCUACCGCGUCGGAGGCGGGGCAGGGGAAGGGUGCCGCUGAGGACACGUUUGAGGACGGAAGAUUGUCUUUGAGCGCAAACGCGGGAGGGAGAAGCGACUCAGCCAGCAAGAGCUCAUUGCCUGCACAAAUCGGCAGCGUCGAGCUUGGCGCCGCGGCCGCCGCCGCGGCUGACGGCUCCCGGAGCGAGCUCAGCGAGAAGGGAACAGUCCUGCGGGGGCCUGCAGGCCGCGCGGCGGGGUGCGACGCGCCUGCGCCCGGCAGUGGGCCUGGAGGGCUGGAGGGCGGCGCGAGGCUGCAAGAGCCUCUCGGGGACGCUGAGACGGACAUGAGCAGGUUCGCGGCGGAGGCUGCCGCGCCGGGGCAGGUGGAGCGACUGCCGUUGGCGUAUUUGGAGGCGGAGGGCGCCGUGGAGGAGAGAACGGCGCUGGCGGCGGCGCACCAGGCCAACGGGCCUCGCAAUCCAGGCCGAACGGACAGCACUCGGUCCACCAUAUCCCUCGACGACAAGAGGGACUUUGGGAGUCAGAUGUUAAUGGAUUUGUCGACGAUGCUGCUUCUGUCCUCGGGCUCCGCAAGUCUGCCGGCCGACCGCGACGCGGGCGCGGCUGGGGCAGCGGCCAGUGGGGGCUGCGCAGCCUCAGCGGACGGGGCGAAACCGCAGCACGGGCUUGCCGCCGAAGCAGAGGAGACGCCCAGCGCGCGCGUGCUGCUGGAUGCGCUGCGAGGGAACGGCGAAAGUCGAGCCAGCUCCGCGCCGACCUCGCUUUCGAAGGAGGAAAUCGGGGCGCAGCUGACGGGCAAGGCGCGUGCAGCCACGGAGAGCCCAGGCCCCGACAAAGGAAGCGUCUCCGAGAAGCCUGCCGAAGCCGCGAGCGGCUCGCAACCUCACCUUUCGGUCGACUUGCUCGCUCGAGUGGUCUACGAAAACGAAGCGUAUGACCCGGAACUCGACAAGAUACUGACCAGCCAGCCGGCGAAAGACCUGGUGCGGGAGGCGCUGAAGAUGCCUCGUGUGCCAGGUGUGUGGUUUGACCGCGCGCAGCUGCGCUGGGCGUGCAACUACAAAGACAGCAGCGCUUUCGCGUCGCCCCCCGCGUCUCCGGCGUCCGCUGAGCGGUCGCCGGGUCCUGCGAAACGGCGCGCGCAGUACUUCCCAGUCAAGGAACACGGCUUUCUUCGCGCGCGCCUGCUCGCUAUCCAGACGCGGCGGCGGAUGGAGUCCACCUACCGCCAGGCUGCCGCCGCGGCGCUCGCGUCCAGCCUCAGCAGGCACGACCGCGCGCUGCUGGGCUCCAACUCGAGCGGCGCCGGCCUGUCCGCAGGCGAGUGCUUCGCGGGCGCGUCGAGCAACGACGCAGGAGCCGAAGAGCGACUCGCAGCGGUUUGCCUUCCGCAGAAGACAAGUCCCGCGAGGCGGAGAACUGGCGACGGCGCCGACAAGUCGCCCACCGGCAGCUCCCGGGCCAGCAGACGCCCAAGCAAGAGGGGCGAGACAUCAGGAUUGUGGAGCAGUAGCUCUGCGUCGCAGUAUGAGGUCUCUCUGGCUGCGGCCGGCGGUGCGGCUUCCUGUUCGCCGUCGGCGACGCCUGGAUCGCACACCGGUCUCUGUGGGGCAUCGGCGGAGGCGCUGCUCUCCGCGGGCCUGCCUUGUCCUGCGCCGGUCGGCCUGAGGACGCCGGGGCGCAGGCGCGCGACGGCCGUCUCGGGCGCACUCAACGCGGGCGGCGUGGCGUCGGUUGUUGAGGAGGCGUCGGACGCUAAGGCGACCAGUCAGAGCCUCGCGGACCAAGCAUCUGCGCUGGCGGGUUUGCUCGCCGCGUCCUCGUCCCUCUCCGGUGCGCUGCGGCCUGACACCGUCGCGCGGGGGAGCGGGGGCGGCGCGCCUUCGCGGCCUGGCGUCAGCGGGCGUCCCCUCGGGCCUCGUGGGCGGGCGAGCAUGGGGACUCCAGCCACAGACGCGGGCCUGCGCCGCGGGGAGGCCCUGGCGUCUCCAGAUGCCGCCCUCGCGCCCGUUAGUCUCCUGCCUUCGGUGGCGGUUCCCUUGUGCGGGCCAGCGAACCCGCUGCACGCGCCGAGCGCUGCGGGGUUGAACUUGCUUUCGGCGCUCACGUCGUCGGCGCCAUCUCUGCUCGCCCUCGUUGCUCAGUCUGCGCUGCUGGAGCCGACUUUGUCCCCGGCUGUGGGCGUGUGCGGGAGUCCGGGGCCGGCCCUUCCAGCACUGGUCGGGUGCGGCAACCAGCUGCUGGCGUUGCAGAAGGAUGCAAUUCGCUACAUCCUUGAAGACUUGCGUCACCACUGUCUGAAUCUGUUCCAGGCUGUGCUGCCUUCCGCUGUGUUUCACACCUGGUCUCUCCAACUCAUUCGCCUCACUCAGCAUGUAGAGCGGGCGCAGACCUUCCCCGAACUCGAGCCCUUCCUCGGCGUGUUUGUCGACUGCAUUCGCUCUAAGCAAAUGCCCAGCCAGCUCUCGCCGUCAGUGCAGCUUCAGCUGGUCCGGUUCGCCUCGGCGCUCGACGAGCUGCUGCAGAAGGCCGACGCAGGCAGAGACGCGGUGUCUCCGUUUCCUCAUGCAGCGCAGAGCGACGCGUCUCUCAGUGGAGGCGCGAGGAGGCGAGGCGAAGCAGAGCAGGAGGAGGACAGCGAAGGCCACCGUGACCUGGGGGGCGGAGGGGAGGAGUCUUUGCUGAGGAGACAAGGGACAAGUGAGCCAGGUGGCAGGACCGCCCAGGAGACAGAACCUGCGCGCGUGCUUAGCCAGGGUCUGCUCGCGACGCGCGACCGACGACAAGACGGCGGGUGUGCUGUAGACGAAGACAGCGGCGCCGUGGAGAGCGACCAUAGAGAGGCGGGUAUGGCGCUUCGCCAGCCAACUGAAGGUGCAAUGCGCCCAUCGGAGUUGCUUCAGCUCGCACGAGACUGUCAUGCGCGCGCCGAGGCCGGGGAGAGGUUGCCUGAACAAGGAGGUGCGUCGCUUCUGAACUUGGCUCUUCUGUCUGUGCUGGAGGGCCCGGUCCACGCCGACGGGGGGGCGGCUGCGCAGGCAAAACUGCAGCAGGAUGACAAAGCCAAGGCCGUAGCGGAGCACGCGGCAACACUUGCGAGAGCGGCCUCCGGCGACGCGGUGGAAUGCGGCUGCACCCCCCUGGCUUGCUCAGUCUCCCACGCGGUACCUUCUGAGGUCGUCCUAUCCUCGGUGUUCAGCACCUUCCUAAACACAACAGGCGCCUCGGGCGGCUCAAAGGCCUUCGCCAACGCAGAGGCGACGGCGGAAGAUGCAAAGUGA